CGGCUUUCUCAUCCCUCAACAUAGACAUAUUGAAGAUUGCCGUGAUGUUGAGAGGCGGAGCUACAAGCACAUAUAUAGACUUGGGCAAUCAAAUGCAACAGAAGCUCUUCCGGACCCUGUCGUGUCUGUUCAGGCACGCGCCAGCAUCAGAGUAUAUAGAAGCAUAAUCAUCAAAUCACAACUUGCACUUACCCAUGACUUCAAUCGCCAUAGUUGGCGUCUCAGUGGAGCUUCCCAGUGGGAAGUAUUCGCCGAAGAAUCUUGACCAUGACACCUUCUUCAAGCUCUUGCUUGAUAGGGCUGAUGCAUAUGAACGCAUGCCAGCGGAACGUUUCAAUGCAAAUGCAUGGCUCGGAAACCAUCUCGGAGCGAUUCAUGUUGAUACGGGUGCCUUCCUGAAGGACAUCAACAUGUUCGACAAUGUCGAGUUUGGAGUGUCAACUAGGGAUGCACGUAGCAUGGCUCCAGCAACAAGAAGACUCCUUGAGAACGCCUUCCUCGCUUUGCUCGACUCUGGCAUUGAUUAUCGAUCGCGGAACGUUGGCUGCUUUGCGUCAGCGACAGGAUUCGACUUGUCGACCGUAUCUGAACCGGAUGAAUACGACGAACGGGGUUCGUUUGCGGGAUAUCCGUCCAUGGUAGCCAAUCGGAUUUCUACCCAUCUCGAUCUGCUCGGCCCAUCUGUUCCGACCGAUACGGCAUGCAGCUCAACUUUAACCGCGUUCCAUCUCGCGGUCCAGGCCAUCUCACAGGGAGACUGCGAGGCUGCCGUUGUGGCUGGAUGUCAGUUGAACCAUCGCUUCAUCGACUGGUUCACGUACAGUCAAGGUUCUCUCCUUGCCAAAGACGGGAAGUGCAAACCCUUCGAUACAUCUGCGGACGGCUUCUCUAGGGGAGAAGGUUGUAUAGCUAUAGUGCUCAAACCACUUGAGCGUGCUCUCCAAGAUCACGAUCGCGUCUAUGCCACGGUUUUGGGCACAUCGCUCAAUUCGUCAGGAGGUGCUGCCCCUCCGGGCGCUCCAGUUGCGGACGCGCAGCGCGCGGCGAUGAUGCGAGCGUUUGCGCAGGCGAACAGGAAUUUCAAAGAUGUAGAUUACGUUGAAUUGCAUGCAACCGGUACAGCGAAAGGAGAUCCUACGGAGGCGAACUGGGUCGGCGCGGAAUGUUCGCGUGAAGACGAGCUGCUCAUCGGCAGCGUCAAGAGCAACAUUGGACAUACCGAAAUUGUGGCUUUCCUGGCAUCGUUGUGCAAAGUGAUAUCGAUCUUCAAGACUGGGACCAUACCUCCGGCUGUGAACCUGCGUACGCUGAACCCUGCAAUCGAGUGGGAGAAGCACAAGCUUCGCGUUCCUUUGUGCGCCACGCAACUUCCAUGCCGGAAUGGGAAGAGACCGCUAGUGUCUAUAGCCAGUUCAGGCAUCGGCGGGUCGAACGGCCACGCUGUCUUGGAAGGACCUCCCCCAGCACCUACACUCGACGGUUCGGCAGUAUCUGGUCCGGUGGUCUUGAUGGCAUGCGGACUCUCCUCGCGUAGCGCCACUUCCAUAGGACAGUCGCUGCAAAGCUCGGCACUUGUGGAUUUGCGUGCGCUAUCAACGGCGUUAGGCCGACGUGCUAAGCAGAUGUCCUGGAGGUCCUAUGCUAUCGUUGAGGAGGGCUCCAAAGGCGCCAUCACAUUCUCUGCCCCUCAGCAUUGCCAGCGAACAAAACCUCUCGUCGUGUUUUUGUUCUCGGGUCAAGGCCCACAACACCCGGAUAUGGGUCGCGAACUCUUCGACAGAUUCCCUGUCUUCAGGGAUAGUGUUCUCGAAAUGGAUGUUAUUUUCGAGCGGCUGACGGGAAAGUCGAUUAUCAGGGACCACGGUCUCUUUUCGGGGACGUCCUGCGUUGCGGAUGGAACCUGGCCAAUUUCACUCAUUCUGCCUUCCAUCGCUGUAUUUCAAAUGGCGCUCUUUGACUUGCUCAUACACCUGGGAGUUAGACCCGACGUUGUUCUCGGACACUCUGCCGGUGAAACGUCGGUUCUCUACGCCUCAGGCGCAGCUCCGAAGGCGAUGGCCGUAGAGCUAGCGAUCCUGCGAGGACGAACAUUCUCAUCAAUGGAAGAUCUGGGCGGUACAAUGGCGGCUGUGUCGUGUAUGCCGGAAGAGGCCGAGCUGCUCCUAAAUCAAGUUCGCCGGGAAGACGACAGGAGCAUCAUUGACAUAGCCUGCUACAAUUCUCCGUCUGCGGUUGCCAUCUCUGGGCAUGCAGUAGCAAUAGAUCGGUUCUUGGAGCUAGCACUCGUCGGUGGCUACUUCUGUCGCAAAAUCAGGACCCGAGUACCAAUCCAUUCGUCCAUGAUGGACCGGUGUCGCGACGAAUAUGUCCAGGCGCUUCGUGACCUGUUCGGCCGCUACCCAGGCUGUCAUGUACCGAGCGUUACGACAUAUUCUACAUUGACUGGCGCUCGGUUUGAAGGCCCCUACGACGCCGAAUACUUCUGGAAGAACACGCGGAACCCUGUCCUGUUCACACACACAAUCCAGGAGCUUGCUCGUGCGCAUUCCACGACAACCAUUGAGAUCUCUCCACAUCCUGUUUUGUCGUCCUACAUCUCGCAGAUCACCCAAGGCGCCAGUGCGGUCUUCCCGUCGACCCACAGACGGAAGCAAGGCCGUCCAUCUACGGAACAUCGCGAUCUGUUGGAACUAUGCGGACAACUUACUUCCGCGGGUCACAAUAGUGUCAACUUCACGGUGCUCAAUGGACGCGCGUGUUACGAGUUGAGCACUCCGUUGCCGGAGUAUCCCUUUUUACGAAAAGCAUUUCCUCUAUACCCCGAUACUUCCGGGUGUGUGAAGCAAAUGCAGCCACACAACGGACCGCUGAAUCAUGAUUACCUCAAAGUGAAUAAGGAUACACAUCCGACGCUGGCGGAGCAUGUCAUCAGAGGAGAGCCAAUCAUGCCUGCUGCCGGUUUUAUUGAGAUGGCACUGGAAUAUGGGGCUACGACCUUGAUGAAUGUGGACAUGCGAAGCAUCCUGUCCUUGUCGUCCGAGAGGCCCAUGAAGGUUGAUAUCUCCCGCGAUGGCUUCCUUUGGGCUGUGAAGACUUCGAUUUCGUCCAGUCAUGCCGCUUCGGCGCCGACCGAACGGACACACGCGAGCGGAUACCUGUCAUUUGAACCACCGACGCCCCAGACUCCGUUAGACAUUCCCGCCAUACGUCAACGAUGCGAAGGGUAUACUGGAUCCUCGUUCUAUCAUUCACUUGCGUACUUCUCUGCGUACGGUGCGUGCUUCCGUAGAGUCACGGAAGUCUUUUAUGGCUAUCACGAGGCCUUGGUAUCGAUCAAGGGUAUGGACGAUGCGUUAGAGCGUGAUGGACGUUAUUUGCUGCAUCCGGCCAUUCUGGACGCCUGCCUGCACAUCACCUCUUAUAGGCCAUUUCAUGGGGACCAUGGCCCGAACAACUACUACUUGCCCGCGCACGUCGACGCUGUCAUUCUUCAUUGCCCUCCUCGGGCUCACUUCUUCCCCGAGCAUAUCUAUACGCACACCGUUCUGAAGAAAUGGACACCUUCGUCCGUGUUCUAUGAUAUCAUCAUUGCGGAUGAUGCUGGCACACCCUUAUGCACGUUAGAAGGACUCGAGGUUGCGAAACAUCAAUUUAACCCACCACCAGAAGAUCUGAUACCAUAUGAUGUCGGGCUACAACGAUCUGUCCUACCUUUGCUGUCGGAUACUAGAGACAAAGUCAAUGGGCACAAGCUUGAUCAAUUUAACGGGAAUGCAGCCUCCACUAAGCAGCACGAGGAUCAAUGCGCAGAUGCCGUGAUUGACCACAUCAGUGCAUUACGGGAAGUUAUAGAGCAGGUCUCAAGACAGAGCGGCAGAAGUGUUGUUCGCCUCCUCGCCCUCGGGACUGAGUUCCCACGUACCGACCAUUUCACCCACUUACUCGAUGGAUUCCCUCUGCUCUUAUUUGAUAUCUCCGUGCAACCUGGUCUGCGAGCUUCCCAGGACGUGAGCCCACGGCGAGGAACUGUCAGGACCUCAAACAUCGAUCUUGCCAACCUUGGGAGCAAUCACCCUGCGUACUUCGAUAUCAUAUCUACGUUCCUUCCCGAGGGCGAUCCGUAUGUCGCGCAGCUGAGCCGUAUACUCGUCCCUGGUGGUUUAUUGGUCCUCACGACGCGGUCAGACCUACCGGUUGUGAACGGUCACAAGGCGCAUGGGAUCGAACGACUUUCUCAAGCGCUACAUGAUGCGGGAUUAACAAUUCGGCGAACGCUGAUCGCACCAGGUGGAUCAUCUCCGACCUUUACCGCUUGGUGCCAAAGGACCGAGAGUUCCGCAGACGGCGUACCGGCACCACCUGUGUUCGAUCCCGACGAAGCGUUCGUAUUCCACUAUGCCCAAGGGCAUGAGAUGGACCUGCAGUGGGACUUCAGUGGUCUGGACCCUGUGGACGCCUUGGACGUUUGGGUUCUCGUCGCCGAAGGUCGUGAUGGGGGUGCCGCACUCGGGCUUGUCCGGGCUCUGCGACUGGAGUAUCUGUCAUGGACAAUCCACGUCGUUGUGUUCCCCCCUGACUCUUCUUAUGGCGACGAGGCCUCGCGAGAAGAGUAUCUGCAAACGAUCCCAGCGCACAUGCGCGAGGAGCUGGAUAUAUUCGUGACUCAGGAAGGCGGUGUUUUAGUUCCUAGAAUGAUGCCUCUGCCUGAGCGGACUGCUCCAGGUGGGCAGAUAGCUGACCAGAUGGAUCCUGGCGUGGAAUGCGAAGGCAGCAUCCUUCUCGAGGUGCAGGGCGUAUCUGGUAGCGCUGUAGUCAAGGGUGUUCUCGGGUUGGAAAUGAACAGAAGCAACUCGUGGACAAGCACAAACCCCAACAAUGGACCCGUCGUCGCCAUUGCCCAAGGUCCAGUGGGAAAGUAUGUCACCGUUCGCAGAGAGGCCACUUCCCGCCUCUCUCCGCGUUUGAAUCGACAUUCGACCAUGAUAAUGCAGUGCAUACCAAGCGUCGUAGCUGGCAUCCUUGCGCAAGGCACGCACACGUUCUCCAACGACAAGAGGUGCCGAGGUCUCCGAGUGCUCGUCACGCAUUCAGAUACCGCCACCGGCAUGACAGUCAUCUGGAUGUACCGCAGGCAGGGCAUAACUGUUGUCGGGCUUCCGGUGGACGCGACGCCCCUGCAUCUGUCCUCCGCUCUUCGCAGUGGAUUCAACCUGGUCGUGUCCGGAUACACGGAUCCUUCUUAUAUUCAACUCCUCAGGUCUGCGUCGUGCCCGAAAGGCGGGAAGAUGUAUUUCUGGGACGACCCGCACGAGGGAUUAGCUUGGGCACUGCGGAACGACCUGUGGUCAGUACAGGAUGCACUAGAGCUCGCGCUCACCUUCCUAGAGGAGCGUACGGAUGACUUGGAGGAGAGUCUGCGUAGUUGUCCAGCUGAGCAUCAUAGCGUGCUUCGAGUGCCUGACAUCGCCAUAGCGACCGUUGAGCCGCGGACGGCAACCUUCAGCCCGCACAAGACCUACCUCGUCCUGGGUGGCAUCGGGAACCUGGGGGCGCACGUCGCCUGGAUGUUAUACAGACACGGCGCUCGACGCCUCGUAGUCACGUCCCGUCGGGGCGCAGCCAGCCUGCAGACGACGUCCAACCGUCUCGUCCGGCGCACAUUCGAGUACCUGCGGUCCCUCCCUGACCUAGACCUGCGUCUCUCAGCAACCAACGCUUCCGACAUCGAGAGUAUGGCUGAGCUGCUCCGCGGGAUCCCAGAGGAGGCACCGCUUGCGGGGUGCAUAGUCCUCACGGCCGCACUGUCCGACCGAACGUUUGCACGGCUCGAGGAGGCAGACUUCGCAAGCGUGUACGAGUCGAAGAUUGGUGUGGUUGACACGCUCCGUGAGUGCGUCGAUGUCGGGGCAUUGGAGUUCCUCGUCCCGUUCUCAUCCGUGGCGGGCCUCUUUGGAAAUGGAGGGCAGACGAACUACUGCGCAGCCAACACGGAGAUGGAGGAGCAGGUCUCUGCGUAUCCGAACGCAUUCGCCUUCGUCUGUCCGGGGAUCAUCGACUCCACGAUGAUGCGCUCGAGCGAACUGGGCGAGUCAGGCAAAGUCGCACAGCUUGAGCAGUUCGCCCAGUGGGGCAUCACGGCGGAAGACAUGAUCCUGUGGCUGGAAGACGCCCUCGCUCGCUUCCAAGCCGGCGAGCGGUUCGCGCGGUAUGUACCGACAGUCGACUGGUACGCGCUCGAGCGCACGCGGGGCAUGCCCCUUCUCGGACGACACCUCCUAUCUACGUCCGCUGACGCGGGUAUGGGCUCGUCAGCCGUUGGCCCCGGGGUGAAUGGUGUGGGGGCGGCAGACGAGGGAGGCGACGUGGGCAUACGGAUGGCGGCGAUCGUACGCGGGGUGCUGGGCGUCGCCGCGGAGGACUUCUCGCCGGAGACGCCGUUCACGGCGUAUGGCGUCGACUCGCUGUCCGCAGCGCGGCUCGCAUUCAUGCUGCGCCCGUUGGUGGAGGUGACGCAGCUGCAGCUGUUGGCGGACAUGUCGUUGGAAGGGCUGGAGGUGCUUGCGGGGAAGGGGAAGAAGGAGGAAGGGGUAUAGCGAAGUGGGGGCGUGCGUUGCAGAGCUGUUUCUUAAUCUCCCACCAUUGU